CUUACAAAAUAGUACAAACAUCAGCAUAAAUCAAAGAUUUUUCCAAAAGUGAAACAUUCUUCAAACAAAAAAAAAAGUAUUUGUGCAUUUAUCUAUAAGAUAAAUGCAAUAAAAUGCAAAAUAAUUAAAUGGAAGAAACCGCAAAUCAUCGAGCAGUUAAAAUUUUUGGGAAUUACCGAAAAUGUGCUAUCGAGUGUAAGGUAGAAAAAAUAACAAAAACAAAAGAUACGAAUUAAGGAAAAAACCGUGCGAGAAAUUCAACUGCGGCAGAAAUACCAUAAAAUAGUUCAAACAAGCAAAACAAAAAAGAAAAAAAAAUCCAACAGCAAAAAUGGCUGUCAAAUCGACGCGCAGUCCGUUGAUAACACAACAGCAACCAACAAUAGUGCCAACACCAACACCAACAGCAGGCACAAUGCCCGGCACAAGCUUGCGUUCAAGACUGAUCUUCCCCAGAAGUCAUCAUCAUACACAGGUAACCACAAAGAUGUCUGAUUUUUCGGAUAGUUCACAUAGUGGCGUUGCCAGUCCAGCAGCGUCGUUAAUUGAAAAUUUCCACAAGAAGAAUAGCGGCAAUACACCAACAACAAGUGGCGGCGUCGGCACCGGUACAGUGUCCACAGUCUCAACGCCCGCCAUAAAUGGCCUCACAGCGGUUAGCUGCAAUGGUGGCGGCGCUAAUAAUGGUUUAAGCAAUGCAACAACAACGACUGUGGGGCGACACAUAAAUACAAGUUCCAGUUCUAGUAGUAGCGUUAAGGAAACAUCAUCCACAUCACAACAGGUCGUUAACAGCAGUACAACAACACGCGUUGAAAAGAAACGUUUACAUCACAUUACAUCCUCAUCAUCUUCGUCCACCUCCUCGUCGUCGACAUCAUCGUCCGAAAUGAAGACGGCAGCACUGCAACGCGAUUUAAGCGAAAUGAAAAAUUCCAUGUCUGAAAUAACCGAUCUUGUUGGCCGCAAUGCCAACAACACGAAUAGCGGUGCACUGGGCAGCAGCAGCAAUAAUUUGGCCAUCUCAGCAGCAGCAGCACAUCAACCAUCCAUAAACGAUCUCACACAAUUGAAAGCGCUGAACAGUGCGGAUGCUAUUGAAAAUUUGAAAAAGAAAAUCCGCUCAUCCAUUGAAAAUCUCGUCGACAGCGAUGCCGAACCGUUGGUUACAUUUCCCGAUGCCGAUGAUGAUCAUCACAAAUUGGCCGAUUUGGUUAGUGUCUCGAAUGGCAAACUUACCACCACCAAUGGCUUGGGCGGUUCGGGUAAAAUUGUCGAUACCGUUAAAUUCGAAGAGAGAAGCACAAAGACCGAAUCGAAGACGAAAGUCGUAGCCGAUGGUUUCAGUACGGAGCAGGCAACUAGCAAUUUGGCUGAAAUGAAACGACUACAGACGGGUGAUAUCGACUAUCAGGAGGCUAAAGCGGCAGCAGCGAUGCGUAAUCGCACCGAAAUGGAUGGUGUGAAAACGGAAGAGAAUGCCGCCGUUAUACAGGAAGCCCUUUCGCUACGCACUGGCGAUAUUACUCAACAGGCUAGCAAUAAUGUGGCCGCCGCCAGUAUUAAAGUGCAAAGUGACACCUUCUCCGCCGACAAGAAAGCCAUCUCACAAUCGCAGCAAUCACAGACGAUGACCUCGAACGGCAUCAUUAGCCAGGAGAAGCACGUCUCGUCCGCAUCGCAAGCGAAUUACACAAUGACGCAUAAAGGCGUUUCCAGUUCGGGCAGCAGCAUGAUUUCCACCUCCUCGCAAAUGUCCGCCACCAAUGGCGCACUCAUCAAGCUGCACGAUCUUAAGUUGGACGACUUGAAAGCGCUGACGUCCGGUAGCGGUCAGCGUGAAAUCGAGCAGGCAAUUGCCAAGUAUUCCGGUGUAUUGCAGUCAUUCGUGCACACGCUGGAAGAUUCCAAGGCUGCACAGGAGAAAUCCAUGUAUUUGGAAAAGAUCAAUGAAGUUAUGCAGCGCGCCUGGGCUGUGCCCACACAUGGACAUGAGCUCGGCUACAGUUUGUGCAAUUCGUUGCGAAAAAAUGGCGGUCUGGAUUUGCUCAUGAAGAACUGCGUGCAGGGCGAUGAGAAAACCAUCUUCUCUUCGGCCAAGUUGCUGGAGCAGUGCCUCACCACAGAGAAUCGCACACAUGUCGUGGACAAUGGACUCGAUAAAGUGGUGCAUGUGGCUUGCAAGUGCACGAGGAAUACCGAAUAUUCGCGCGUGGGUACCGGCAUACUGGAACAUCUAUUUAAACACUCGGAAGGCACGUGCUCAGAUGUCAUCAAAUUGGGUGGCUUGGAUGCCGUACUAUUCGAAUGUCGUACAAGUGAUGUGGAAACUCUGAGACAUUGCGCAAGUGCCUUAGCCAAUUUGUCUUUGUAUGGUGGCGCCGAAAAUCAAGAGGAAAUGAUCUCACGCCAAGUGCCCAUGUGGCUGUUCCCGUUGGCCUUCCACGAUGACGACAACAUCAAGUACUAUGCCUGCCUUGCGAUCGCGGUGCUAGUCGCCAAUAAGGAAAUCGAAGCUGAAGUCAUCAAGACGGGUUGCCUCGACUUGGUGGAGCCCUUCGUCACCACACACGACCCCUCAGAGUUCGCACGUUCAAAUCUGGCGCACGCGCACGGCCAGAGCAAACAUUGGCUGGAACGUUUGGUGCCAGUGCUUAGUUCGAAUCGCGAGGAAGCGCGCAAUUUAGCUGCCUUCCAUUUCUGCAUGGAAGCGGGCAUUAAGCGCGGUCAGGGCAACACUGAAAUAUUUCAUGAAAUCGGCGCGAUCGAAGCGCUCAAGACUGUAGCUAGUUGCCCCAAUGCAAUUGCCUCAAAGUUUGCGGCGCAAGCGCUACGGCUAAUCGGCGAAACCGUGCCGCACAAACUGUCACAGCAAGUGCCACUGUGGUCUGUCGAAGACGUCCAAGAGUGGGUGAAGCAAAUCAACUUCGGACAGUUUGUGAAACAAUUUGAAGAAUCCCAGGUAGAUGGCGAUCUGCUGCUCAAGCUCAACGAGGACAAUCUACGCGAUGACAUUGGUAUCGCUAAUGGCAUUCUGCUGAAACGUUUCGAGCGCGAGCUGCAAAAUCUCAAACGCAUGGCUGACUACUCCUCCAAGGACACAGCGAGAAUGCAUCAGUUCUUGGCCGAAAUCGGGCCGGAAUACUGCACCUACACAUAUGCAAUGCUGCAUGCAGGCAUAGAUCGAAACUCGUUGCCACAGCUGAAUGAAGAUAUGUUAAUCGCGGAGUGUGGCAUCAAAAAUUCGAUACAUCGGCUGCGCAUUCUGAAUGCAGUCAAGAACCUGGAAAACUCAUUGCCCAGCUCAUCGGAAGAGAAUAUGGCGAAAACGUUGGAUGUCUUCGUGAGCUAUCGGCGCUCGAAUGGCUCGCAAUUGGCAAGCUUGUUGAAGGUGCACUUGCAGCUCCGCGGCUUCUCGGUGUUCAUCGAUGUUGAGCGCCUGGAAGCGGGCAAAUUCGAUAACGGACUGUUGAACAGUAUUCGCCAGGCGAAGAAUUUCGUUUUAGUAUUAACACCAAAUGCGCUGCAGCGUUGCUUAGACGACGAAGAAGGCAAGGAUUGGGUGCAUCGUGAAAUCGUAGCGGCCUUGAAAUCAAAUUGCAAUAUUAUUCCAAUAAUCGAUCAACAAUUUAUGUGGCCAGAACCCGAUCGAUUGCCCGAAGACAUGCGCAGCGUUUGUCAUUUCAAUGGUGUCACCUGGAUACAUGACUAUCAGGAUGCCUGCAUCGAUAAACUAGAGAGAUUCAUGCGUGGUGAAAAGAAUUUGGAUCGGCUUGUAGGCAUACCCAGCACACCCGGUUCGGUGAGCUACCAAAGAAUGCACAGCAACGAUUCCGACUAUCAGCAGAGUGUAGGCGGCGGCAGUGUCGUCGGUGGCAGUGGCAGUGGUGUUGUAUGUGGCAGCGGCGGCGCCGGUGGUGCGGCGAAUGGCAGCGGACAAGCUAAUCACCAGGCAAAUAGAUACCGGCAAUCUCCCUCACCGGCCAGACAGCGCGGGCCCCUCGGCAGCAACGGCCAGCUGAGCAUGUUCGGGCGUGGUUCGAAGCGCAACAACAUACUUCCGCCCUACCGCACCCAGCAAACGUCGGCACAGCAGAAGGCGUUGCCACUCAUAGGUGGCUCCAUGCAAAAUGUGUCGCCAUACAGCUACCGCACGCCACGCCGUAGCUCAGCCGGCGGUAUUACCAAUGCCAACGGCAGCGGCGGCGGCAGCAACAAUAACAUAAACAGUUCGGCGGCAGGUGGCGCUGCAAAUUAUCGCAGUCAUAGUGUCGACGGCUUGUUGGACACCACCGACGGCUCGGACGACCCCGAUGACCGUAUUGCAGAGAUGGCGGCGCUGGUCGCUGCCGGCAGCACAGCGCUCACCAACGCCAGUUCGACGAGCACACUGCAGCCCGGCAACGAUUACGCCUCGUCGGUGGGUUCACUCGCCGAACUUGGCGAAUCGGUGGUAGAAGUGGUGGCGAGACGUGAAAAAUCAACGAAUGCAGCGCCGCCCAAUCCGCAACACCGCAAAUCGCGCUCACUUGAUCAUUUUCUGGACGAGAAAACAUUGGCGGUUAUUACGAUGCCACCCAUCGCACCCAUGGAGGGUACGCAGAGCAUGCAAAAUCUUGCCACGCCCAUAACGCCCGAUCUGAAUCGGGGCAUGCGCACACAACCGAUGCCGCAACGCGCUGGCAGCGUGCACCGCGAAUCGUCGUCCAACUCUAGUGCGGCCACCACGCCCGAACGCAACGUCGUGCGGAAACAUCAUCACGCGGUGCCGAUUAUACGACGUAGUCCCGAGGGUAUCAGCUCAACGGAGGAUGAGCGCGAGGACUCACAAUCGUUGCGCAGCAGUGGCACCUCAUGCGGCAGCAUGCUGAGAGCGCAGACGCGCGCAUCGGCGCAUACGCAUCGCGGUAGUCAGAAUAGUGGCAAGACUUCCACAACAUCGUUGGGUAGCAGCAAUGCGGCAGGAAAUACCCACCACCACAACAACAGCAGCAACAACGCAAACAAUAAAACUAUUCUGAAUCGAACAAUUAAAAAAGUUCGUUCGCUGAUGAAAAAUAACGACUUAGAAGCUGACGAUAUACCAGGGUUAAUUUUAACAAAAGCAACGAGACCCGCCUCCGAAAGAAUUUUGGUUUGGUAGUUUUUAAAGGUAUAUUAAAGCCAAACCUGGCGUAAAAAUAAAGAUUACAGCGGCGAAUGGCAAGCGCAAGGGGAUGCAGGUGGCCAAUUUUUUAAAUUUGCAAAACUUUGGAGCGAGAGACUUUCGUCACUUUUGACUUCCAGAUCAAAGUAAUUGCUAAGCACUCGAGCUCCAAGGAAGGCGCAGAACUAAAGGAAUUAUAUGGAUCCUGGCUUUUAUCGACGGAGAAAACGAGUAGGGUUAGCUUUAAACUAAAAAAAAAAAUCUAUGUAAUCAAGUUAAUCUAACUAAUGAUACAUAUAUGUAGGUACUAUUUUAAAUACGUAAUUGAUCACAGUUUUAUGAAUAGCAUAAGAUUUUGGAAAAGUAUUGUUAUUAUUUUACUAAGAAUACAACGAAUCGAAAUAAAAGUUGGAAGUAUUAUGUC